AUGUCAUCCGGCACUCACCUCCUCUCGUCCGCCGCGCGCUCCCCCGCGCUCUCCACGCUCUGCGGCAGAAUGCGCUGCAUCUGCUGCGCGCCAAGCGCGCUUGCCGCCGCCCCACGCCUUUCCCCGUCCCUCUCCGCCACCCCCUCCCCCUCUGCGCGGAAAAUCACGCGCUCCUCCGCGCACAGCCUGCGCUCCGCGUUUCUCCCUCCCACCUUAGGAUUCCCCCGCAGCAGCAGCCGGCUAUGCGCCCUCGGCGCAACAUCCCCCGCCACAGUCCCCUUCCCCGCACCACCCGCGGGCGCUACCGGGGGGCGCGCGCGGAGGCUGGCGGUGGAGGCGCGGGGGAAGAAGAAGGGCACGGAGGAGGGGGGCGCGGAGCAGGAGGGGGGGAAGUACAAGGGCACGGUGUGCCUUCCGCAGACGAGCUUUGGCAUGCGCGCCAACGCCAGUGUGCGGGAGCCCGAGAUUCAGAAGCUGUGGGGGGAGCUUGACGUCGUGGGGAAGCUGCUUGAAACAAACCUGGGGGAGCCGUUCACGCUGCAUGACGGACCGCCCUACGCCAAUGGCGACCUGCACAUCGGCCAUGCGCUCAACAAGAUUCUCAAGGACUUUAUCAACCGCUACCAGAUGCUGAGGGGGCGCAAGGUGAAGUUCGUGCCGGGGUGGGACUGCCACGGGCUGCCCAUUGAGCUCAAAGUGCUCCAGUCAAUGGACACUAAAGCAAGGCAGGGUCUGACCCCCAUCAAGCUGCGGAAAAAGGCAGCCCAAUUCGCCUUAAAAACGGUGGACAAGCAGCGUGAAGCCUUCCGGCGCUACGGCGUGUGGGCCGACUGGGAUCACCCCUACCUCACUCUGCGGCCCGCCUACGAGACCGCUCAGCUGGGUGUGUUCGCCCGCAUGGUGCUGAAUGGCCAUAUCUACCGCGGCAGGAAGCCCGUGCACUGGAGUCCUUCCUCCCGCACUGCCCUUGCUGAAGCUGAGCUCGAGUACCCAGACGUGCAUGUGUCUCGGAGCAUCUACACCACCUUCCCUCUGCGCUCCCUCUCCUCCUCCCUACCAGCCUCCCUCGGCCCCCUACUCCCCUCACUCGCCCUGGCCAUCUGGACCACCACGCCCUGGACCAUCCCUGGCAACGCCGCUGUCGCUGUCAACGACCGAAUCUCCUACUCCGUUGUCGAAAUCGCCCCCCCUGCUGCCGCCGCCGCUGAUGCUGAUGCUGCUGCUGCUGCUGCUGCUGGUUCGGGUGCUGGUUCCGCUGCUGAUGGUGAUGCUGCUGCUGCUCCCGCGCCGACAUUUGGCAAGGGAAAGAGGAACACCGGUUCACUUCUCUCCUCCCUCUCCUCUGCUGCAAAUGACACUGCACCCAACAGUGCUGCUCCUCCCACCACGCGCCACGUCAUCGUGGCCACCGACCUCAUCCAAUCCCUGCAGGCCACGUGGCGCUGCUCCCUCACCCCAGUCGCCACCUUCCCCGGGUCCCACCUAGAGGGCUCCACCUACCAGCACCCGCUGGACGGCAGGAUUUGUCCCGUAGUGGUGGGCGGCGAAUACAUCACCACGGAAUCCGGCACGGGAUUGGUGCACACGGCUCCGGGGCACGGGCAGGAGGACUAUGCAACGGGGCUUAAGUACGGUCUAGAGUUAAUCUCCCCCGUGGAUGAUGAGGGGAGAUUCACUGCGGAGGCCAAGGGGGGGCAGUUUGAGGGGUUGAGCGUGUUGGGGGAGGGGAAUGCGGCUGUGAUGGCGGCCCUCAAUGGGAAUGGAUCGCUGCUGCUGGAGGAAGCGUAUGAGCACAAGUACCCGUACGACUGGCGCAGCAAGCAGCCCACCAUCUUCCGAGCCACGGACCAGUGGUUUGCCUCGGUGAACGGCUUCAAGGAGGAGGCACUGGAGGCCAUUCGCGGAGUGCAGUGGUUCCCCCCACAGGGCGAGAAGCGCAUAACAGCCAUGGUGGAGGGGCGGUCCGACUGGUGCAUCUCACGGCAGCGGUCCUGGGGUGUGCCUAUCCCUGCCUUCUAUCAUGUCGAGACGGGCGAGCCGCUGCUUACUCAAGAGACCAUUGCUCACGUUCAGGCCAUUGUGGCAGAGAAGGGCAGUGACGCGUGGUGGGAGAUGGACGUGGCGGACCUGCUGCCCCCGUCGCUGCGUGACCAGGCAGCGCAGUACCGCAAGGGCUCUGAUACCAUGGACGUCUGGUUCGACUCCGGCUCCUCCUGGGCCUCCGUCCUCGCCUCCUCCUCCUCCCCCUCCGCCUCCUCUUCUGCCUCCGCCUCCGCCUCCUCUUCUGCCUCCCCCUCCGCCUCCUCUUCUGCCUCAACCUCCGCCUCCUCUUCUGCCUCCGCCUCCGCCUCCUCUUCUGCCUCCGCCUCUGCCGCUGGCUCUGAUACCAACGGAGCUGCUUCAAGCAGCGCUUCCGCUGCAGAUACUAAUGCAGGGACCCCAUCUGGCUCAGAGCUUAACUUCCCAGCGGAUCUGUAUCUGGAGGGCAGCGACCAGCACCGAGGGUGGUUCCAGAGCUCGCUGCUCACAGGCGUGGCGGCUGCUGGCACGGCACCAUACCGGGCGGUGCUGACCCACGGGUUUGUGCUGGACGAGCGGGGCAUGAAGAUGAGCAAGUCCGUGGGGAAUGUGGUCGACCCUUUGACUGUUAUCAACGGAGGGAAGAACCAGAAGACAGAACCAGCAUACGGAGCGGACGUGUUGCGGCUGUGGGUGGCAUCGGUGGACUACAGUGGCGAUGUUGUGAUCGGGCCGUCCAUUGUGAAGCAGAUGAGCGAUGUGUACCGCAAGCUCAGAGGCACCCUGAGGUUCCUGCUGGGUAACCUGCACGACUACCAGCCCUCCGAGGCGGUCCCUUAUGCCAGCCUACCUGCCCUGGACCGCUAUGCACUGUGGCGCCUGGCUGAUGUGAUGCAGGACGUGCAGCAGAGCUACGAUGAUUUCCAGUUCUACCGCUUCUACCAGCUCAUACAGCGCUUUGCAGUGGUAGACCUCUCCAACUUCUACUUCGAUGUCUGCAAGGACAGGCUCUAUGUGGGAGGCCAAGACUACCUCACAAGGCGGGCGUGUCAGACGGUGCUAGCACACCACCUCACGGCCUUCCUGGCAGCCAUUGGCCCCGUGCUGCCUCACAUGGCGGAGGACGCCUGGCAGAACCUUCCCAGCAACUUCCCCCGGCCCGUUCCCUCCGUCUUCCAAAUGCCAUGGCCCAAGCCGGAAGCUGAUUGGCUGUCGUUCGGGGAUGCUGAGCUGGCGACGUGGGCCACGCUCAUUGAGCUGCGCUCGGAGGUGAACAAGGUGAUGGAGAGGGCGCGCAUGGGCAAGCUCAUCGGGGCCAACCUCGACGCCGCCGUCUACCUGCACACGCCCAGCCCCUCCCUCUCCUCCGCCCUGCUAGCCCUCUCCGACUCCCCCGCUUCCGCCGAUGCAUCCGCCGAUGCACGAGGCGUCGCAGCAGCAGAGGAGGAGGAAAGGGAAGGGAGCGGGCAGAAGGGGUUGAAGGAGUUGCAAGCAGUGGACAGCCUGAGGACCGUCUUCCUCUCCUCUCAAGUCCACGUGCUUCCCUCUGAGGCAGAUCUUGCCGCACUCGGCCUAGAAUUCGCCUCUGAUGUGGAGGUGCAGUGGAAUGGAGAGGCUGCACGCGUGCUGGUGGCGGUGGGGAGGGCUGCGGGCGGCAAGUGCGAGCGCUGCUGGAACUUCUCGCAGGCCGUGGGGUCGUUUGCAGGGCACCCCACGCUGUGUGCGCGGUGCCACUCUGUUGUGGCUGACCUUGUUGUCAUGGCGUGA